AAUUGGAAUCCACUUAUUUCGUAAAUAAUCGGCGAUAAAUUCUUGGAUUAUUACAGAUAAGGACUUGUCAAACAGUAUCCGGACGAAAGGAUGAUAAGAAAAGAUAGUGCCGCUAUUUUUCCUUGUAAUUAUAUAAUUUUAUCCGCUAUUGGAUGUUAAAAAUAAGGCAUGAAAUUGUGGGAGAAAGCGAUAAAUUAUUCUAAAAUUAAGUGGAUAUAUCAUUGUUAUAUUCUCUCGUAAUAAAGAAGGAUACGGCUGCUUCAAAACAAAGGAACAAUGGCAAACGAAAUGUCAACGAGUAUUUUGACACUGAACUGUUGGAGCAUACCAUAUGUUUCAAAGAACAGAGUGACACGUAUGUCUGCUAUUGCGGAUAAGUGUGCGAGCAGAGAAUAUGACAUUAUUUGCCUGCAGGAGGUUUGGUCUAUCCAUGAUUUUAAAAUGGUAAAGGCAAAAGUGCAGGAGAUUCUUCCUUAUUCGCAUUAUUUCCAUAGCGGCGUCGUUGGAUCAGGAUUAUGUAUCCUAUCACGAUACCCUAUUUACGACGUUAUGUUUCACAAAUGGCCCUUGAACGGUUACGUUCACAAGAUACAUCAUGGGGAUUGGUUUGGCGGUAAAGGUGUUGGGCUAUGUAAAAUUAAGAUUCUCAAUAUGAAUAUUAAUGUUUACAUCGCACAUCUGCAUGCGGAAUAUAAUCGGGAGAACGACGAAUACAUGGCUCACAGAGUGCUGCAGGCAUUCGACACCGCACAAUUUGUAAGAAUGACCAGUGGUGGUGCAGAUGCUGUGAUAUUGGCUGGCGAUCUUAAUACCGAGCCGCAAGAUUUAGCCUAUAGAAUUUUGCGUGGAGUUGGUGGUUUAAUGGACGCGUGUCCGAGCAGUUCGAGUCAUAUAGGGACCAACGAUUGUGCCAAUAACAGUUACACCUGCUCAAAGCUGGCUCGAACCAGACCAGAUGGAAAGCGUAUAGAUUAUAUUUUAUACUUAGGUUCCAAAACCGUGAAGGUUGAAGUUACAAAUUUCCAACUCCCUCUGCCAAAUCGCGUGCCGUAUAAAAAUUUUAGUUAUUCAGACCAUGAAGCUGUUAUGGCUACGCUCAAGUUCACCAAUGGUGAACAUGGCAUGAACAAUUUAAAUGCAAUAGAUUCUUUAAAAGAGGCAAUUACAAUUUGCGAAACCGCAUUGAAGAGUGUACAACGUCAGCGUUUCUGGUAUCUUUUAUCAGGUUGUAUUCUGGUCAUUCCAUUAAUUUGGUCUAUCGGUUUAAAUUGUAUGGACACAUCUUUAGGACUCGACAUUGGUUUGAAUAUAUUACGUAUACUUUUAACCGCGAUAUUAUGUUACACUCUGUUUAUGAGUUCAAUAUGGAAUAAUGUGGAGAAGAAUGCUUUAAAAGCGGGAUGUUUAGCUAUAGAAAUUUACAUAAAACAGUUGAGUAAUGACCUAUAUUAAAGCACUGAUUGACAAAUUUA